AUGGCCGGCAACCGCCACCGCAAGGAUGCCUGGCUCGUCUUUGCCCUUCUCAUCGUGGUGCAGAUCGUCUGCUUUCGCGGCAGCCAACGUCUGCGCGCCGACCUAGCUCCUCAGGCGCUAGAUGCACCUUCACGGCACCCAUGGCACAAGAGGCAAGAGCCACCCACCUUCGAGCUCUUCAAGCAUCCCGGCACUACAUCCACGGCGUCGGCGUCAAGUAAGACGCCCACUUCGACAAGCAAGAAACAGCAUCACAGCACCGCCAGCCCGCACCCAACAUCACCACCAAAGCAUCCACAUGGCAAGCAUGAUGCAUCUGAAUGCCAACCGAUUCCAUUCGAUCGAUCCGCGAGACACGUCUGUAGCCAUGUUGUACGUCACUGCUCUGCGUCUGGUCAUUUUGACUAUCUGCGCUUCUAUUACUGUGCCGGCGUCUCCGACGACGAGCUCGAGCAUGGCCAACCUUCCGAACCUCCUUCAAAUCCCAGAUGGCAACCGGGCAUCGCUGCGUUACGCCUUUCGCGUCUUAUCAUCAUCCUCGUGUGGAUGCUUUUCCUCUUCAGCUGGGUAGGCGUGGUCGCCAGCGACUUUUUCUGCCCAAACCUCAGCACCAUCGCAUCUCGCCUCGGUCUCAACGAAAGCACCGCCGGCGUCACCUUUCUCGCCUUUGGCAACGGUUCACCGGAUGUAUUCUCCACGUUUGGCGCUAUGAAGACCAACUCGGGCUCGCUGGCCAUCGGAGAGCUGCUCGGGGCAGCCUCGUUCAUCGUCUCGGUCAUUUCAGGCUCCAUGAUGCUCAUCGCUCCAUUCAAGGUCAAAGCGUGGCCCUUCUGCCGAGACGUGGGCUUCUUCACAGUAGCAGUGGCUCUCACGCUCGCUUUCCUGUUCGACGGAAAGCUCCGACGCACAGAGACCAUCGCUCUCAUCUGCCUCUAUGUCCUUUAUGCGGCCACCGUCAUCAUCGGAUCGUGGUGGCAGGAGCGUCGACGAAAGCAAAGGCGUAGGCUGGAAGCGGCUCGCGAAGAGUUUGACAGUCAGGCCGACGAUCGAUCCAUCCGAAGCCGCGGCAGCAUCCGAUCCGGGAGAGGAGAAGGGACGCAGACUGGCGAGCAUAGCCGACUUCUCGAACCACCCCGCUUCCCCUCUCCCCAACGUCCGGCGAGCCCUUCUGAAUACGAUCCCAACUUUGAUCCCUUCGAAGACUGGGCGAAUCAAAGAGGCGACCAGAGCCGUGCUUCGACCCCAGACAUCUCUCGCAACGGCAGCCGUGCCCCUUCCAUUCACACGCCAGGAUCGGCAAAUUCCAUCGUGACGCGGAAGGCCACACUCAAUGUACGCCCCAACCUGGUGCCGCGUCAUUCGCUGCUUUCCGCCAUCGAGUUUCGCGACGUGGUGCAAAGUCUGCGUCGUGACGCCAUCGCUGACCGCUCGCAGGAGAUCUUCCAGAGCUGGGAUCCAGAGCGCUUCCUGCCGCAUCACCACCACGGCCAAGGCCAAUCAAAUCUCACCAGAAGCACUUCCGGAGAGGGCUUCGCUGGGGGACGUCAGACCCAGAGACGUGGCUUGAGUCACAAUCGUGUCUUGAGUCUAGGCCCUUCUGUCAGUCCGAACCUCGGCCUGCGGAGAAGCGCCUCAACGAGCCCGGGCACCCGACGCAAGACAGUCGGCGCGCAUGACGGAGUCGGCUUUUCUGAGGAAACCCGCAGCCGUGCCAGCGUGAAUGCAGGCAGUGUCGACGAUCCUUGGCGCGAGCACAUCCCCGGCGAUGGCUGCGAGCCUCUUACUUCGCCGGCUUUGCCCCUGCCCAACGCAUCCGAGCAGGAUUCUGCACAGGAGACAGCGCCUCGCAAGGCACUGCCCAGGCUGGAGAUCCCGCAGUGGGACACGAAGGCGAGCCGCAGCCAAGACGGGCGGCGGGCACAGCACGGCCGCAAGCAGCCAGCACAAAAUGACGUUCCAAGCAGCACGCCUAACACCAAGGACCGGUUCGACAGUAUGGCGAGUCAGCGGCGAAUCAGACCGGCACGCACGGCUAGCGAGCUGCUUGCCUGGAAAGUGCGCGUGAUCUUCAACUCACUCUUCCCCUCGCUGCGUCAUUUGCACGCCAAGUCGCUGCUGGGCUCCGCUGUGAGUGUCGCAACGUCUCCCGCGAUCCUGCUGCUCAACCUCACGCUUCCAGUGGUCGACGAUGAGGCUGAACAGGCCGAACGGGAAGCCGACGCAGCCGAAGCUGACGGGAUCGGUGCUGUGCGAUUGGAGGGAGAGGAGGCAGAGUUGCGCGCCGAAGCCGAGGAUUCCUUUGACCAGGAGGCCGUUGAAGAACUGCGAGCAUCGUCGUCGUCAGAUGCACGGGUCUGGGGUGCAGAAGAGCGAGUCGAAGCGAUGGAAGAUGCGGAGCGAGAUGCCAACACGCAUCGAGACCAGGAGAUUGCGUCAGCAUUGCGACAUCUGCCCUCGAUGGCUGGCUCGCCACUCUCGUUCGGUAGCAGCCCCACAGUUGGAGCGGGCAUGUUGCGUCUACCUUCGUCUGGCUCUUCCCGGCCGAUGGGUACGCAGGCAGGGACGGAUGCAGCCAGCUUUACGAGCCACGAGAGUUGCGAAGCCGAGGAGCAAGAGAUGAGGCGCUCGAUGCGACGGUUCCUCAUCCUGAGUCAGAGCGUAUGCGCACCUACGUUCGUGACGUGGGCGAUUGUCUCUUCUUCGGGCGCUCCUCACCUCUGGCUCAAGGUGGCGGUAGGUGCGACACUGGGAGCGACUGCGGCUCUGCUGUCAUUCUGGGCCAUGCGACGCAAGGACGCAGGACGAGCAAGGUACUCGGACCGAACGCUAUCGACAUUUGCGAUGCUGCGGUGCUCGAUGGGAUUCGUCGUGUCGGUCAUGUGGAUCAUGACGAUCGUCGACGAAGUGGUCUCAAUCCUGCAGACCGUCGGCAUCAUCGUGGGUCUCUCGGAUGCAAUCUUGGGAUUGACGGUGUUUGCGGUGGGCAACUCGCUGGGCGACCUGGUGGCCAACAUUACGAUCGCCAGGCUGGGUCAUCCUGUGAUGGCGAUCAGCGCAUGCUUCGCCGGGCCCAUGCUCAACCUGCUGCUCGGCAUCGGCAUCUCUGGUACCUGGCUGUUGUCCGAUGGCCACGGCCACUGGUCCCACACCGGUUUCACCGACAUCUAUCCGAUCGAUUUCAAUCCGACGCUGCUCGUUUCGGGGCUGGGAUUGCUGCUGAUCCUGGUAGGAACGCUUAUCGCCGUUCCAAUGAACAAUUUCGAGCUGACACGACCGAUUGGCGUGUCGCUGAUCGCAGCCUACGUGCUCAUCAUGACGGUCAAUCUGCUGACCGAGAUCUUCUGGGUCCGAGGUCACUCUGUAUUAUAG